UCAUCGGCAUCAGAUGUUUGUAAGUGCGCAUAUAAGCUGUUAACAUUUACUGGCAGGUUAUUUCAUAUUUUUAAAACAAUUGUUUAUAAGCUAUAUUUGCCGCAGGGUGAAGAAUUGUGAGCAACAUUUUUACACAAGAUGAGCUUCGUUUGUGGAAAAAUAUUUAGACUUAUUUUUGUCUUAAUUAGUUUCGCUGGGCUAAUAAGGGGUGAGAUGCCCGGAUUCUUUGAACAUUGCACUCCUGACCAGUGGUCAUGUAAUGGUGCAUGUAUACAAGGAACCAAGGUUUGCAACGGACAGAGUGAAUGCGCCGAUGGAUCGGACGAAGAACGUUGUGCUCCUCUACAAACGUGUCCAUCAAGCAAGCUUGUAUGUCCGCGAAAUGAUGGCAAAACUACAUGCGUUAAUAACCCAAGCAAAUGUCCUCAGGAGAAGAGAGGAUGUGGCGCACCACCAGACAUUACUAAUGGUAGAGUGCAUCUCUCAAAAGAGAAAUCAGCUAUAGGGGCCAAGGCAGAAAUUGAGUGUGAUAGCGGGUUUGGAAUAGGAUGCGGUAGUACAAUAAGGUGUUUACCCUCGGGACGCUGGGAGACAAGUCAGUGUUCUCCAUCAGGUUUACACUGUUACAAGUGUAAGAACAAAAACAGCAACGAGGAUUGUAACGAAGAAGGAACCGAAUUUUGCCCUGACAACAAACAGUCAUGCCAAACAAAAGUCGAAUGGAAAUCCAGCACCAAAUACAAAAUUGUAUCUAAAGGUUGUAAGAAUCCUGAUGCCAGUUCUGGCAGUGAUGAAACAGGCUGUACAGGUAGCGGUUCAAAAAUCAAAUGUUCAAACACGUGUUCCUCUUACCUAUGUAACGAGAAUAUUUCUGCACCAUCAUUUCCAACCAACCAGAAUGAGGGAAGUUCGUCCUCCUGAAACGCUUUCUAAUAAUGUCAGAUACUGUAGGCUCAGAAACACUUGCAUGUAUUAUUAGUCAAUAAAGCAUACUGAAACUUA